UCCUGCCCACUCUCGCUUCAGUGUCACCGCGUGGCUUCCGCAGAAGGGACUUCUUCCAACACGAGAGGAGCAGAUUAUGUCCGAUCAGGAGAAAGAAGCGAUUAUUCGGCGAGCGGUUCGAGCUUUUCCCGAUUUCCCUUCCCCUGGGAUCUGUUUUAGAGAUAUUACUCCUGUCCUUAAAGACCCUUUGGCUUUCUGCUCUGCCAUUGAUCUCUUCGAGAGACACCUGAGGGCAAAUUUUCCAAAGAUUGAUGUCAUUGCUGGGCUUGAUUCUCGAGGAUUUUUGUUUGGUCCAUCGCUGGCUCAGAGAUUCAAUAUUGGGUUUUUGUUGAUAAGAAAGAAGGGAAAGUUGCCUGGUCCCACAGAAUCUGUUAGCUACAGUCUGGAAUAUGGAAAGGCUGAAUUGGAAAUGCAGUGCGAUGCAGUGGAGGCUGGACAGAAAGUGGUUCUUAUCGAUGAUCUUCUUGCUACUGGAGGCACCAUGAAUGCAGCAUGCGAGCUGAUAAAAAGAAGAAAUGCGGAGAUCCUGGAGUGUUUAGUUGUAAUAGAACUGAAAUCUCUGAACGGUGCAGAGAAGCUAAAGCCUUACCCAGUCCACUCGCUGCUACAAUAUGACUAGGGAACAAAGUUCUGUGGAAUCGUGGGAAUCUUGCCUUGCUCUCGACCAAAAAGUCUUCCAGGGAUUGUGUGUAAAAAUGAAAAUAAUUGUGACUUAUGUUUUUUAUCUAUUGCAUAUAAAUACUACAGAUUUUAUUUGCCUACCUGUGUACAAUGAAAGGCGGAGAUGUGUGUGAACUCCUGCGCCAAUCAGAAGAGAGCUUUUAGAUUUCUUUCCCCCCCCAUAGUAACCAACUGCUGGACAGGAAGUGGUUAUAUCUGCAUUUACCGAAGGAAUUAGUGUUUGUGGAAUCUUCAUUCUUUACAAUAUUACACAAUAACAAAGAAAUGUGAAUUUAGAAGGCUAUUUCUUGUUCCGGACAUGGCACUGCAUAACAAUCCUAGCAUGUUUUGAAAGCUUAGAUUUAAAAAUAAAUAUAAAUUUUUCCUGGGUAA